GUGGCAGGAAAAGUGCCUGGCAAGUUGCAGGGAUGGAGCUACACAGCUUGCAGGAGGCGUUAAAAGUGGAAAUCCAAUGUCACCAGAACGGGGAUCUUAAGAAACAAAUCCAUGAAAGGCAAUCAAGAAUAGCAGCUCUUAAUGAGAAACAAACUUUGGGAACUAUCACUGCAGUGCCCAUUAAGGUUCCUCAGGUCAGCUCCUUGCAGAGGUUGGCAGGACAAGGACCAGCAGUGCUACCUCAGGUUAGGCCAAAGACCCUGAUUCCAGACAGCCUCCCAAUCUCCCCGUGCAGAGACCAACCUUCCAAGCAGCCUCCCACCUUCCAGAAGGCAACCAUAGUGAGCAUCAAAAACCCCAGCCCCGCCCUCCCAACCGCCAACAACACCGUCAGCCAUGUACAGACGCACAACAGCAGCAGCCAGUCACAGAGUAUCAGCGAGCCUGCAGCUCUCUCGUCCCCUCUGAGCGGUGCCGGCGUGGCCUACGCCAUCAUUUCCACCUCCCCCAGCAAUGCAGCUCCGAUCAGCACCAGCGCCACGGUCUCGGUGGUCAACGACAGCAUCAAAGUGCAGCCGCUCCUCUUCAGUGCCGACAGCAAGGUUAUCAUUAUUCAACCUCAAGUCCAAACCCAGACAGAAAGUAAAGUGGAGACAAAGAAACCUCCUGAAGAGUCAGCUCAGGGACUGCCUGCUACCAAAAAGAAAAAGGAGGAAAAUCCAGAGAAAAUUGCCUUCAUGGUAGCACUAGGACUGGUUACAACAGAACAUUUGGAAGAAAUCCAGAGCAAGCGUCAGGAAAGAAAAAGAAGAAGCACAGCAAAUCCAGCCUACAGUGGACUCUUGGAAACAGAGCGGAAACGCCUUGCAUCGAACUAUUUGAAUAACCCCUUGUUCCUUUCAACGAGAGCGAAUGAGGAUCCAUUCUGGAAGAGCGAGAUCCAUCACGAUGAACACUGCACUGCUUGCAAGCGUGGAGUCAACUUGCAGCCCUGUGGCACAUGUCCCAGAGCAUAUCACCUCAACUGCUUGGACCCACCCCUCAAAACUGUCCCCAAAGGGCUCUGGGUCUGCCCAAAGUGCCAACAGAAGGUGUUAAAGAAAGAUGACAAUGUGCCAUGGACUGGAACUCUGGCUAUUGUUCACUCCUAUGUUACUCAUAAAACAGUCAAAGAAGAAGAGAAGAGAAAGUUAUUAAAGAGAAGCAGUGAGCUGAAGAGUGAGCAUAGACAGUUAGAAGAAAAAGAUCGACUUCUCAACAGUGCAGUGAAGAAAUGCUUAGAGCUAAAAACCAGCCUGAUGGCCCAGCAGAAAGGGACUCAGUCAUCACUGGAACGUCUCAAAACCCUCAUUAGACUGAUACAAAAUGAGCAGAUGAUUCAGGUUACCAUGACGACCACCACCACCACCUCCCUGCUGUCCAUCCCCUGGAUCAAACCCUCCGCCGCCUCUGCUGCCAUGCACAAAGCCUUGCAGCCAUCACAGGGCAACAACUGACAGGAGUCGGCCGCGGGAGGUCUGAGGAAGGGGCGACGAGAAACUUUAUGCACGUGAGCAGAGGAGAGAUGAAGCUGGAACAAAGGACAGAAGGAGCAAUCUCGGUUUUGAUACACCUAGAGACUUGCAGAGCAGUCAGCCCGGUUUUUGUAGGUCGCUGUGGCAGCAGGUUCCCACAGAGCGGGUCAUGCCACGGUUUUGUAUUUGCCAAGACCUUCAGUGCUUAUGACGUUUUGUUUUGUUAUGUUGGCCUUAAUGUAUUUAUGACUGAGGACGAACAGGAAGAGCAUGGCUGAUAGGAAGCAGGAUAGCCUUUUUUUGGUGGCGGACAGGCUUUCUGUUCUAAGGGGAGAGGAGGUAGUGAGGUAUUAGAGAAGUAGUUGGGCUGAAAGCUAUGUGUGUGGGGGGGAAUCGGUGAGGUAACCGGAAACUGAGCUACUUAGCACUUGACAUGGAUUGUUUUCAGAGGAACAAGUUUGGCCCCAUUGAUUCAGGUGACCUGGUGACGGGGUCGUUGUGACCAGAACAGCAUCACGGACACUCACAGAGCCUUGGAAACAAAAGAUCUUUUUUUUUUUUUUUUCAGUAUUAUUAGACUUGAGAAUUGCAGAUAUUUAAAUAAAGAAACUGUAUGAAGUUAGCAUUUCUAGUAAAAUAUUGAAGUAUUUUCAUGCUGAUGCUUCUGUAUAUGCGUUCCGAAAUAUUUAAAAAAUACGACUGUAAAACUCCUUUUGCAGGUCCUUUUUACUUAUUUUGCUAUCAGUGUAUUUUUCUCAUGGAGUUUUUGUGCAAGGUUUAGCAUCAACCAUAAGAGUGGAUAUCUUUGACAGUUUGGGUUUAAUUUUUUAAAGAGAUUAUUUUGUGGUUUUCUGUCUUUUUGUUCAUUUUGGAUUCUUUUUUAAAGAAAAAAAAGCAAAUAAAUAUUCUGGGGUUUGUUUCUUGUCAGUACAGAUAAUAUGCCAAAAAGAUAACUUUACAUUUUUGUACUGCAUUUUUAUUGUUAAAGAUAUGUAACAUGAUUUUUUUUUGGUUUUCAGUUUGGUUUGGUUGGGGUAUUUUUUUGUUUGGUUGGGGGUUUUUUUUGGUUGGUUGGUUGGUUUUUGUUUUUGUUUUUUUUUUAGAAAUAUCUGCUGGAAUGGUACAGGAAAAAAAAAAAAAACUGCCUCAAGGGGUUGUUUCUCAAACUGGAGACUCGAACUCAAGACUUCUGGGGGAGGGACAGGGCAUGGAAAAUUAAAAGGGUUUGGGAGGAUUUCGAUUUUGGAAACCUGAUUCCUUUUUAACAUUUUGUUGGAUUUUAACGUUUGUGGGAAGUGUUUAGCAUUAGCCUGAGAAAUUCCCAGCGCACCUGCUUGUUUUACUAGCUGGUCUUCCUGAUCCUGCAAGGUCCUGCCUGGCCCCAGGGCCCCGUCUCCUGCGGCUGCCUGGGAAGGUGGUGAUGGACACCCCGGGUUUCUCAGCUCACACUCCCCAGUGCCAUUGUCCUUAUGAGUUCUCCAUCAAUUAGCACAACAAGUACUUAUGGAAAGCCACCAGAGCAGGACACAAGGUUAGUCUCUCACAUCAGCAUAUCACACGGUGCCGAAUAGCCUUUUUUGUUGUUGUUUUUUUUUUUUUAUUUAAAAAAAUAAACACGUGAGGGGCUGGGUUUUUUUCUGUUGCCCAUCACCAGGCAGCACAUGGUCCCUUCAACCAUUUUCACAACUCCGGGAGAAACUGUGCAGUACUAUACAAAUCUAUUUUAAUACACAACACUCGAUUGAACAAGAUUUUUAUAUUCUUUUAUUGAUGAACAAAGUGAACUAAGUAAAACACAGUUGUUAUACAUAGGUUAAUGUAUGCAAUUAUGCAUUCUGAGUGGCUUGCAAUGUAGAUGUUUUCAGGUUUCAUGAUUUUUUUUUCCUUCUCAGACAAAUUAAAAAAAAAGAAAAAAGGAAAAGUGUGGAAGGUUGAAAUUGUGAAGAAUUUCUGAAGAACUGUCUUCAACUGUUAAAAGUAGUUAUUUUGAAAAGGGGACUGUCCAGUGGAUAGUGUGCAUAGGAAAAAAAAAAAAAAAAAGUGUUUGUCUUAAAUAUGCCAAUGUAGUUUUACUUCUUUAUGAUGCAUUAAACUUGACUGACAAUUUCCUGGCA